GACCGCACGGCCGCACGGGAGAGCACGGCCGCAUUUGAACCAAAAUCUAUAUAUAUUUGGUGAGAAAGUAUGUUUCUAUAACCCGUAUCUAAUAACCACAUCCCAUUUCUAUGCAUCAGAGAAGUUUCAGAUACAAAAUUUUUGAAUGCUACUAAUCCGGUCACUUUCAUUCUUAGCCUGCCUCAAAAGCUACAUUCAUCAAUCUUCUGUUCUAAAAAUCCAAAAACAAAACAAUAAAAUAUUUUUUUUCCUUUUAUCAAAUAUAAUAACUCCAGAUUAAUCAAAUUGGAAUAUAAUUUUUAACCAAAAAUUCAACGCCAAGCCAAGUUGAACAGAAAUCCUAAUUUCCUUCUCGAAAAAUUCACAACGAAUGGCAACGAGCUCGAGAGAGAGAAGAGAAUUCCGCGAAAUGUAUAUACUCAUUCAAAUACCUAACAAUUCUGGAACUACACAUUUUCCUCCCCUUUAGCCUAAUGUUCAUCUAGAUUUCCAACUGAAUCAAUUGAAAUUCAGGAAAAAUCAGCAUUCAUUCAUUCUUUUUCUAUUCACAUUGAUAACAAGCAAGAGAUAGUUGCAAACAAGCCGGAAAUAGAAACCCAAACUGGCAAACAAACAUCAAUAAAUGGAACGGAGUGCACAGAAGAGAUUGACUGAUUAAAGAAACAGCUAACCGUUUUAACGUUGGAGCCGGCGAACACCGUUGGGACCGGAGGUUUCCAUCAAAUGUCAGCAAAUCAACAUUUUCAGAAUGAGAGUGUUGGCUGCAGUUUCGUAUAACCGGCGAAUCGCCGCUGAGUGAAUAACGGAUUGGAUUCUGUAUUUUGGGUCGGCGUAUAUGGCACAUUCCAUAUUUACUUUGGGCCUUGUUUACCCCCAAGGCCCAAUACAAUACAUCUACACUUAAGAGUAACUACAUUACUAGUUUUUAAAGAAUUUUUUAAGAGCAAAUUGCCAUUUUAGUCGAUUGACUUUAGGAGAAAGAAAGAGGAGAUAAAGAAAAAGGAAAAGAAAAAAGAAAGCAAGGUUGUCAGGGUAAAAAAAUGAAGAGGUCUUCACACGCCAUCUAGGUGCGAAUGGUGCGCCUGUCGCACUGCAGAAGAAAUUUUUUUGAGCCUUACAAAAAAUUUACAGGAGAACUAAAUUUUCUCUCUCUUGUCCACUCUUUCUUCCACAUAAGCAUGGCCCUCACAAAAAAUUCUUAAAAAACUACUAAUAUAGUAAUAUAGUUGCUCUAGUGUAUAUGUAUUGUAUUGGGCCUUGGGGAUAAACAAGGCCCAAAUUAAAUAUAGAAUAGGCCAUAUAUGCCGAGCCCAAAUACGGCUCCAAUCCAUUAUUCACUCAGCGGCGAAUCGCCUACGAGACUGCAGCCAACACGCUCAUUCGGAAAAUGUUGAUUUGCUGAUAUUUGAUGGAAACCUUCGCUCCCGACGGUGUUCACCAGCUACAACGUUAAAACGCAUUCCCUACCACCAAAAAGUUGUUCGCAUAUGGCCACUAGGCGAAAUAUUCGCUACAACCGUCUUCCCAUAGACGAAGAUGAUUAUGAUUAUGAUGAUCGGGCAGGGAGAAAUGAUCACAGAUAUGACUAUGUUCCAAAAUCAUAUGAGAAAGUCCCAUGGAAAUCAAUUGGCCUAGCAGUUUUCCUACUCUGUCUUGGCUGUUUGCUUCUUCUCAUCUCAUUCUUCAUCUACACUAGCCACAUGGGUGGAGAGCUAUCGCAAGCUUAUGGCUUGUGUGCACUUGGGGUCCUUUCCUUCAUCCCAGGCUUUUAUGAGACCCGGAUUGCUUAUUAUUCUUGGAGAGGUGCCCAAGGCUACCGUUUUUCUCUGAUCCCUGAUUAUUGAGGCAUUCUUUUGCUCUUUUGACUUUUGAUCAUUCAAGUCCCACUGGACAUCAUAUAUAAUGAUUUGGAGGUGGUUUUUGUACCUUCAUAAAAAUGCAUAACUAAUCGCAAUUGUUCCAUAACUUGAAGUGUUGAUGUCUUGCUGAUGCUCAGGCAUUCAGAUCAUUUUUACUAUUUUCUUGUUAACAAGGGAAAGAAAAUAUGAAAAUGCAGAAACUCCCCAAUGGUGGAGCUGUCUCAUUGUGAUUCCUGUUUGAUUUUGUCUAGAUUGGCCACGUCCUCCAACCAGUUUUGCAGAUGGGGGUUUUGGUUUUAGUGCUAAAAGCUAGGCUGUGUUUAUUUCAAUUCUCUACUUCUCCCGUUUUUCAUUCUGCAUUCUCUGUUUUCUAGUUUUCAAAUGUGUAGUAAACAUAUCCUUUUUCCUUUCUUCAAUUAUUCAUUUCUCCGCUUAGUAAACUAACUCCUCAAGUUGUAAUCUUACACGAUUUUCUUUAUUCUAAAUUAUACAUGAAUCUAUGAUUUUUUUUAUGCCAAA